GUAGGUGGGAGGCAGCGUCAUCUGGCGGCCGGAGAGGAAAGCGGGGCGGCGCAGCUCGGGGGAAUAUGAUGCCCGUAUUAUCGUAAAUUGUUGCUUCCAGGCGGCGAUUCUGACCAAGAUGCCAGUGAAACGAUACCGGCGAGAUCAAAGUGAGGUCAGCUGCUGCCUGAAGUAUGUCAUAUUCGGCUUCAAUGUCAUAUUCUGGUUGAUGGGACUCAGUAUCUUGGCAAUUGGUGUGUGGGCAUGGACGGAGAAAGACACGUUUAAUAACCUUAGUCGUCUCACUAACAUUGCCCUUGAUCCAGCCUUUGUUCUUAUUGUCACCGGGUUGAUUACCUUUACUAUUGGCUUCACCGGUUGUGUUGGCGCCCUGAGGGAAAACACCUGCUUGCUAGCAUGUUAUGCUAUCUUCCUGGCCAUCCUGCUACUUUUGGAGAUGACAGCUGGCAUUUUAGGAUUCAUCUUCAAGGACUGGAUUAAAUCCCAAGCUACAAAUGGAUUUCAAGCAUUUAUUGUACACUACCGAGAUGACCCAGACCAACAAAAUCUUAUCGAUUGGAUACAGGAGAAAUGGUUGGAGUGUUGUGGUAUUGAAGGACCCAAGGAUUGGGAUCGCAACGUAUAUUUUAACUGCUCCUCAGAAGCUGUCGGCUCUAGGGAGGCUUGUGGAGUGCCAUUCUCGUGUUGUAAACAAAAAGCUAAUGAAAUAAUAAAAAACAAGCAAUGUGGAUAUGAUGUAAGAAAGCAAGAUUAUCAUGGUGAUCGGUCCCUGGUUAUUUACGAUCGUGGAUGUCUACGAGCAGGUGAAGAAUGGAUAGAGUCGAACCUAGUGCCUGUUGCAGGUGUAGCGGUUGGGGUGGCGGUGCUGCAGCGACUCGACGCAUCACAUAUAUAUGAAAAAGGCUGCUUACAAGCAGGAGAAGAAUGGUUAGAAAGAAACUUACUGGUUGUUGCAGGCGUAGCAGUAGGAGUUGCCUUCUUGCAGAUCCUUGGCAUCUGCUUUGCUCAGAAUCUGCGAGCCGACAUCUAUGCACAGAAAGCAAAAUGGAACUGACGGUUGGCUCCUGCUGCGGUGUAGUGAUAAGUCUGCUCACACUCCAGAACAUUUCUACAGUAACUUUGUUAGCCAUUCCCAUUGUAUGCAAGUUCAUUGUUUUUCCUUUUUAUCUUUACCAUUAUCAUGACAGCUCAGUUAGUUUGUCCUGACAUUACUGGUUUGUGUAAAAGUUUUAGUUAUGUAAGUAAAAGUUUUAGUAAAAGUUUAGUUUAGGAUAUAUAAUAUUCUAUUACAAAAUAUAGUUUUCUUAAAGAAAAUUUGAAUCUGUAGACAAAUAUUACAAUUUUCAAAAUUUUUUCAGUUUAGUAUCAGGAUGAGUUUUACCUAGGUCCAACAUAAUGUAUAUUAUUUAAUUCAUUGCUUUUCUACUGGGUCCUGUCCUUUGUGUAUAUUUGUGAUUCAUUGUUAUUCAUCUGAUUUUUUAAUCAAAAUAAUGGCAUUUUGUUACUGGCAUUGUGAAUGUUUUAAAAUUUUCUGUAGAAGAUUUUCUGGAGUGUUUCCUGCCCUCGGUCCACCUCAUUGGCCCUCUGUUUGGGCGUGCCACGUGAUAUCUUAAAGGAUAUCUUAAUCUGUAGAAGCCCUUGGGUAUUUUAUCGGAUACCAACAGAGUGCUGUUCCAUCUAAAGGGGGGCAGGAUGCAGGACACUUGUCAACAAUAUCGCUGUUGACUGUGAUUCAAGUAUGAUGGGAUUAGUUUGUUGUAAUUUAUGGGUAGUACUUCCAUGAGACAUGAUUUUCCUAAGAUUUACAGAGGAAAAAGUCUUGCUAAAACCCUACGUGUAAUGCUCGUUAUGACUGAUCUCGUCAUCCAUUGUACACAGCCGACUUGCCGCAGCAGGAAUUUAUUUUAGUAUCGAGGAGUUGCAAUCUCCUGAAAUGUAUAUUUAAUUUUUGAAUGGAAUCAAGGCGCACAAGUGUGUGUGUGUUGAUGUUCAGUAUGAUUGUCUCUGAAAUUAUAAGGUGUGCAAUACUAAAAAUUAUUGAAAAGUUUUGAUGCAAAAAGUUGCUUCAGCUUGGCGAUACAUACAUAUUUGACAUUUAGAAUCCAGGAUCUUCCUUCAAUGACAUCUCAAUUUCCUCUUGAUAUUUAUUAAAUGUCAUGAUGUAAAAAAAAGGAACAAUACUUGAUAUUUAUUUUCCCUUGUAUUUUUUCUCCUGGAUAAAGCAAAUAUUUGUGUAUUUAAAGUGGGACUUUUCAUUAUGGCUGUUAUGGCACACAUUUCUCAAGAGAUUACAAUUUUUGAGUGUUAGAUUAGUUUUAUAUGGAAAACUCGUUAAUAUUGAUAAGGCAUUCGUCAGAAUAGAUCUUUUUAUAUUGUAAUAUGUAGGAACUUAUGAAAAUUACAUACAUGUUGGUGUAAAUUUUAUAAAGUGUAUGCAUAUUUCCUAAUGUAUUAGUAUAUUAGUCUACUUGAGUUAAAAGUGCUGGUCAAGUUAAACCCUCGUUAAACUAUUUGUAAAUAAUGUAUGGCCUUUACUACAGCUUGAGAAGCCAAACAUUGGACUCGGUACAGAGUCUUCAAGUUGCCAUAUUCAUCCGCUCUCUGAAGUUUAAUUUAUCUUUAUACUUCUGAAAUAUUUUACACAUGGGAUCUUAUAGAAAAUAUAUUUUAAUCUACAUUAUCAGAAAAUUUGCAAGUCAGUCUCACAGUAUAAUGUACAGUCCAUAUGCAUUAGUAUAUGUUGGGUGGUUGUGCUCAUUUGCUGCUGUACAAAGACUUUUUCAAUAGGGCCAUCGUCUUGCCAGCCCAAGUCUGACAAGAGUGACAGAACCAGCUUGCUUGCCUGCUGUUCAUGUCUUGCUACUAGUCCCACGUCAUGAUUUGACUUUGCCUCGAUGUAACAAUUAAGAUGUUACCUGCAAAGUUAAAACAUGAAUAGUGUAAUAAAAAAUGUUUCCCUAUAGGGUAUUAAUAGCUUUGCAUUCCCUUCGAUAGUAUUUAGGUAUAUGUAUUAAAAUGAGCCAAAAAUAUUGUCUUUUGCUGCUUGUUGAUGUAUGGGCUGUAUAUGGCUGCUGUCAGUGUAAUUUAGUCAGAAAAUGAUUGUAAGGUUUAUAUUGCUCUAAGGAGGGCACUUUAUAUAUGUAUAGUAUGUGUGUGUACACACACCACGCCCACUCAUAUACACACUAAAAUGCACACAUACACUAAAACAAACACAAACACACACACACUAAGACACCACAAAACAUACAUCUCUGUGAGCACAAAUGUCAGUGGCAUUGGUUUGACAUUGAGUUAGUGUUAACACCAUUAAUUCAAUGUUGAUUUGGUGUUGAAUUGAUAUUGUGUCCCCCAUUCAUGUUUUCAACUUUUGUAUAUAAGACUCUUGCUUGGGUGAGUAUUUUGCACAAUGUAAUAUUCAUUACACUUAUUUAUGAUAUACUACUGUAAUAAGUAGUGCUUAAGGAAGUGGCAGUGAUUCUUGUGUUUUUUUGGCGAAAUGUGACAACUGUUGUGAGAAUGAAGAGGCACCACCCAAAGAUUUUUUAUUAUUAACAAUAUCAUUCCUACAAAUGGGCUUUUUAUAUUGGAGUGGCACAAGCCUCGCAAUUGAAGCCACUACUAUUUGUAUUACCACGUCUCUUUCAUGUUGGUAUAAUGUGUAAUACACUUUUAUUCAAGUCAUUACGUUAGUGUAAGAUUUGACAUUGUGUUGUGAAGUACCAGUUAUUCUAAAAUGCACUUAACAUUGUUUUGGAAAAUAUUGGUCCAGGAGCUCUUGAAACGUGCAUACAUAAUGUAUACUGGUACUUAUUUCUACUUGUUUGUGAUAGAUAAUGGAUCGGGUACUUGAGGCAUUUUAUCUUUGUCACAUAAAUUUUAGGGGCAUUCUCCACCUUUGGAUAUUCUCCCCCCUCCCCUCCUUUCUGAACAUUCUAUUAUUAGCUUUCACAUGCCACCACUGUUGUUGUCCUCCCUCUUCAACCUGUACACAAUUUGUAUGGGCUAUACCUAACUAACUUUGGAGAGGAAUUAUACAUAUUAGCGAUGUUUGAAGUAAAACUGUUGGUGAGAGAUGAUACAGUAGUCGUCGUGCAUCUUGGAGCAUUAGAGGCUCACACUGUCACUAAACCUGAACUUUUGUGAAGGAAGGGGGGGGGGGUUAUCAUACAUUACAUGUAGUUUUUGGAUUUCAUUGAAACAAAAGAUAAUGCCUAUCUAUGCCUAUUGGCACUUUUAAGAUUUUCAUUUGCAAAUCUGAAGAUUUUGGCUCUUGUAUGCCUAACAAAUUUUGAAGGCUUGAAGUUUGCAGAUAGGGUUUAGUUUGAGCAUUAAUAUUGUGUUUUCAGGAUAUAAUUUUCUAUAAAUGUAAUGUCUGAAAUAUAGGAUUACUGUCCAGUAAACCUUUAUAAAAUGAAUGGGCUGCACUUCUCAGGAAGAGUGUAUGGUUAUAUUCCUUGUGUACAAGAAAUUAUUACCUGUCAAUAUUAUUUUUCCAUGACACUUCUUAGUAUAAACUUGGGAUUAGUGAACUAGUAGGUCAUAUAUAAUUGCAUUCCAAGGUUGUCCUAUUUUUAUGUUGAGUCAUUAUGCUAACCCUAUUUGCUCAACAUGGUAUAGUGAAAAAUGUAUAUAACUGAAUGACUCGGCCCAUCUUGGACUCGUUCAUUGCAACCUACUUGAAUCUCAAAAGGUUAAACUUAUUUGCACAGUAAAGCAUUUGGAGCUCAAUAUUUUAUUUUUUAUUUUUUAUAUAUACUUAUUUUAAUGCAAGUGUUUCUGGUUGUCUAAUUUUUUAAGUGAAUUCAUAUUGCUACCUUUCCAUUUUAACAUAAAUAAAUGUUUGUUCUUA